GCCAAUAUUGACUUCACUAUGGAACACGAAAGUGACGGAAAAUUUCACUUCCUCGACAUAGCCAUGGAACGCCUAGAAGACGGUGGUCUUCAAAAGUCAAUUUAUCGAAAGCCCACAUGGAAAGGACAAUACUUACAUUUUAAUAGCUUUUGUCCACAUAGCUUUAAACGUGGUCUGGUCAAAACUUUGUACUAUAGAGCGAGGAGAAUAUGCUCUACAGAGAAACUAGAAGAGGAGUUUGAGUUACUUGAAAAUAUAUUGAAGAGAAAUGGGUAUCCUCAAAGGUUCAUCAACAAGUAUGGAAGAUCUGAAGUCAAAAGAGUAAAACAAAUCACAGUGGAAAAAAAGCCAGUCUACCUUCAGCUUGAUUACAAAGGUGAAAAUAUUGCAGCGAUGAUCAACAGAAGGCUGAGUACAUCACUAGCCAUAGCGUAUCCUGCAGCUAAGCUCGUUCCCGUCUAUCGAACAACUUACUCUUUGGUGCAAUCGAAAAUCGAUAGAUAUCCUUCUCAUGUUACCUCCAACUGUGUAUACAAAUUUACAUGUAUCUGCGGGAGCAGUUACAUUGGAAGGACAGAAAGAAGGGCAUAUCUACGAUUUUCUGAACAUGUACCAAAAAGCUUACGUCUAAAGGGAACAAAUGCUUUAAAUAGUGCCAUCACCAGGCAUCUUCUCGACACGGGUCAUGAGGUGGACGUUGAAAAGUCGUUCAAAAUUAUCAAUAAGCAAAAUAGCUCAAUUCUCCUUAAGUUUGCUGAAGCCAUUUCCAUCAAGCGCCUGAAACCUGAUUUAUGCGUCCAGAAAGAAGCGGUUAUCAGCCUUUCUUUGCCCUGGUAACUGGAUAAUUUCACCUCUCUUUCCUCCGAAUGUGAAAUGCUAAAAGUUUCCAUUGUGUUUGAUUAUUAUUGUUCGGAAUAGUGGUUAAUAUUGCAUAUUUAUAUAUGUAUAUAUUUUUAGUGUAUGAGUAUAUUGAUCGAUUGAUUUUUGUUUAAACUGAACUCUGUGCAAGUAUGUUAAAAUUGUUGUUGUAGAUAUAUUUAAUAAUGUCUUUGCCAUGUAAGCAGCUGACGAGAAGGCAACGAAAUAAAAGAUGGUACCAUUUUAUUCUGCUAAAACUGUAGUUCU